UUUUCUAGUUAAUUGCAUUAAAUUUUAUUAAUAUUUCUAUUUUAAAAAAAUAAUAAAAAAAGAAAAGUAGAUGCUAUAAUAUGAUAAUCGUGAUGACUGGUUAAACUUUUUGAUAGAGAAGCCAUAGUGGUCAAAGACAGUGAACGAUGAUGGUGUGGUACUCCGGCACCCACCAGGUCUUACUACACUACACAAAGCUAAUGUCAUCGCACGUGUCCAACUCUAGGCACGACACGGCCAUCUCCCUCUUCCAACACCUCCACUCCACCCUCCUCCUCCCCAUGGACCCCCAUCUCCUCUCCCUCACCCUCAAGUCCUGCACCGCCCUCAACCUUCCCCUCCUCGCCACCUCCCUCCAUGCCCACGCCGCCAAGUCCUCUUUCCUCUCCAACCCCUUCGUCGCCUCCGCCCUUCUCCACCUCUACGGCUCCCGCCUCUCCCUCCCACUCGCCCAUCACCUCUUCCUCCAAAUACCCCACCCACACCGAAACGUCGUCGUCUGGAACUCCAUCAUCUCCCUCCACGCCCACAAUAACAACCUCUCCCUCGCCCUCCGCCUCUUCUACUCCCUCGACACCUCCCCCACCGACUCCACCUUCAACCCCAUCAUCUCCGCCUUCGCCCCCUCCCAUCCCCUCCAAUCCAUCUCCUUCUACCGCCAAAUGCUCCUCCACAACCUCAAACCACGCCUAAUUACACUUUUAUCUCUCCUCCCCGCCUGCGUCAACCUCGCCGCUCUCAACCUAAUCAAAGAGAUCCACGGUUACGCUGUCAGGAACUCCAUCCACCCGCACCACCAGUUCAGCAGCGCCUUGGUCGAAGCCUACGGAAGAUGCGGUUCUCUUCGUUGUUCCACUUUGAUGUUUUCGACAAUGAGGGACGAGGACAAGGACGUGGUUGCGUGGAGCAGUUUGAUUUCAGCCUGCGCUUUCCACGGCCAGGCGGAGUCCGCGCUGGAGACUUUCCGGCGGAUGGAGGCCGCCGGCGUGCGGCCCGACGGAAUUGCGUUUCUCGGGGUUUUGAAGGCUUGCAGUCAUGCUGGUUUGGCGGAUGAGGCGCUGUGGUUUUUUGCGAGGAUGCGGGGGGAGUAUGGUGUGGAGCCCGGGAGCGACCAUUACUCGUGUUUGGUGGAUGUUUUGGGAAGAGCGGGUAGGUUGCAGGAGGCGUAUGCGGUGAUUCGGGGGAUGCCAGUGGAGGUGACGGCGAAGGCGUGGGGGGCGCUGCUCGGGGCUUGUAGGAAUUUUGGGGAGUUGAGGCUAGCGGAGGUUGCGGCGCGGGCGUUGGCGGAGGUGGAGCCUCGGAAUGCUGGUAAUUAUGUGCUGCUGGGGAAGAUGUAUGCGAGUGUGGGAAGGAUGGAAGAGGCGCAGAGGGUGAGGAGAGACAUGAAAGAGAAGGGGGUGAAGUUUUGUGGUGGAAGUAGUUGGGUUGUAUGUUCUGAGGUGUGAUUAGAUUAGCUUCAUGUAAGAAUUGGAAGUGAAGGAAACAAAAGAACUUGCAGUGAAAAGGAUGAAGUUGAACUUUUGGGUUUGGCAUUUUUCAUGUAUAAACUCCCACAUUCUUCCAUAUUUUUUUUAUAGAAUGUUGUACAAUAGAUCUAUCUUACCAUGUUUUUAUGUCAAGUACAACAACUAACGUUAACACCAGAUGUAAGUUGGAGUCUUGUUAAAGUGACUCGAUUUUAAUAUAAAUCAUUUUAAGGUGAAGUCGUGUCAUGUUGACAUGAUUU